GACUACGUGCCGACAGACAUGAGCGAUCCCUGUUGAAGUAAAGAAGGAGGUCUCCUGAGCCAUUCAAGCACUGACAGACGGCUGAGGGAGCCUGUUAAGGUAAAGAUGCUCACGAGAAGCUUGUUCCUGGCCUUCUUCUUCGUUAUUUUUGCGCCGGUGGACGCUCAGUAUGAGAAGUACAGCUUUAAAAGUUUCCCUCAGAAGGACAUCAUGCCGCUGGAAUCCGCGUACAACUACGCGAUGGAGCAAUACGGAGCGCAAAACUGGGCAGAAAGCAUCAAGUUCCUGGAACUGAGCCUGCGGCUCCACCGGCUCCUCCGGGACAGCGAGGCUUUCUGCAGCAGCAACUGCAGCUCCGUCAGCCGGGACAACGACACCCUGUUCGAGGAUAGCAGCCUCCGCGUCAUGCGCCACAUCCUGCUGAGAGCUGCUUGCCUUAAAAAGUGCAAGGCAGAUUUUCCAGUGUUUAAGCUCACAUAUCCACGGAGAGAUUUACUGGAAACUUUCGAGAAAAGGAUACCGUAUCGUUACAUACAGUAUGCAUACUUCCAGCUUAACAACCUGGAGAAGGCAGUGGCUGCAACUCACACUUUCCUGAAGAAGAACCCAGAUGAUGUCCUCUUAACAAAGAACAUGAACUACUACAAGACACUGUUUGACGUGGAGGAAUAUCUCAUUGAUCACGAGGAGCAGCCAUAUGAAAGUGUUUUCUUGAAAAGUGUGACGCUCUACAACAACGGAGACUUCAGCAACAGUGCUAGAAACAUGGAGCAGGCCAUCACACAGUACUUUGAAGUAUACAACCUCUGUUUAGCUGGCUGCGACAGCUCAUAUGAGAUUGUGGAGUUCAAAGAUUUCUAUCCCAGCAUGGCGGAUCUCUAUAUAAAUGCUCUGAAAUGUAAAGUUAAAUGUGAGGAGAACCUGACACCCAGCGUUGGAGGCUUCUUUGUGGAGAAGUUUGUAGCUACUAUGUAUCACUACCUCCAGUUUUCUUAUUAUAAAUUGAAUGAUGUAAAGAACGCUGCUCCGUGUGCAGCUAGUUACAUGCUGUUCGACCCCAAAGACCAGGUGAUGCAGCAAAAUGUGGCGUAUUAUCGCUUCUACCGGGAGCAGUGGGGCCUCAAUGAUAAUGAUUUUGAACCUCGGCCUGAGGCACUGAGGUACUUUAACCAGACGACCAAACAGAAAGAAAUGCUGGAGUUUGCUCUGAGCUACCUGCAAACAGAAGAUGAGGAAGUUGUAAGUCCAGAAGAAAUGACCACCUCUCGCUCAGAGCAUCCUGACACUGCGUUUGAGGGUAUGGGGGAUUAUGAGGAGUCCCUCCUGGCUGAUUGGUGGCAGGAACCCAAAACUAAGUGGGACACUGGAGAAGUCAUAGACUGACAUCUGUCUUUAUCUUCGAGCAGAACACUUUCACGUCCAACUCUGUCCCACCUCCCAUGAAAACAUGCCCAAAAAAUGCUGAACCAUCUACAGACAAACAUCUAGAUUCCUAUCAGUAUUAUGCAAAAAAACAAAAACACAGAGCCCCCCUAGUGAUUGAUUGUGGGGAUUUCUUUUUUUCUGUUCUUUUGACAAGAUUAAAAUUCACAGCCUUGUUAGUGCAUGCACAGCCAUGAGUAAAUGACGUUUGUGAGGUGAGAACAAAUCUUAAAUAUGCACGGUAACAAAAUAGAAAGCUACUUUUGUUAUCAGGGAAAAAUCAGGAAUAUAUUUGGAAAAAAUUUAUUCCUAACAUCAACAAAAGAGCACUGCACAGGCUAAAAAUAUCUUUCUAUCAACAGCGUGUUUGUUGAUGUUUUUGAGUGAUUAUGGAUGCUUCAGUAUACUUGUGCUGACUGCUGCAGGUUUGUAAAAGCUGUUUAUGCACUAUGGAUUUUUGUACUUUGUUAUGUGAGCGUUUUCUCUCCCCCUAAUCUCCCAGAGUGAGAAGCACCCUGCGUGUUUAGGGACCUCUUACUGCAGGAUAUCAAAUUUCAUCCAAGUUACAUUAACUCAACCCAUGCUUCUUGUCACGGUUUAUCUUACCAGGGGGCUCUGUUUUUAUUUGAACUUAGUUGGUUAUUAAAUGGACACAAUUACCCAUCAUAAUGAUCAGUAUCAAAGACUAAUCAAUCAUUGGCCUCAAUGCUGAUAUUUGUCAAUGACUUUUCUACAGUUUUUAUUUACUGUUAUUUAAUGAAAGCUGUGAGGUGCGAUAGAAAAAGGCUGACAUGGUCCUUUUAUGUUGUUAUUUGUCAUCCACCAAUAAGAUAUUGGUAAUAAGACGCUUUUAAUUAAAAUAAUUUAAUGUUGUCUUUUUGUUUGGAAUCAUACAUUUUUAAAAAACAACUACUUUAAUAAGCUCAAAUAUACUUGCAUUGCAUAUUUUUACAUGGAAUUUACCCUAUAAAAAGGCAGUUAAUCUUAUUUAUUAGCAAGGAGGACCCAAACCACAAAAGCAAAUGAAAAAUGUCUAAUUGAAGAUCUGUGGCGACUCUGGGGACAACAGCGGGGCACGAAAGCAAGAUGUGUGGGGCAUUUUUAGAUGUACAACAGGAAGGCAAGUGUUUGGGAUGUAGUUGUGCUCAUGAACCUGAGAUAAAUAAUCACCACUUAGCACAAAGCUCUUGCUGCAUGGUUCACCCACUUUGCCCUCCAUGUAGAGUAAUGUGCAAAAGUCUCGAGCCACCCCUCAUUUAUUGAGUUUGUGUUAGUAAAAUGGGAAAGAGGAGCAAUUUAUUUAAACAUGCAAAGGAAAAAUAAAUGGAGUGUAAAAACAUAUUUUCUAUAUGAUCAUGGUUUUCUUCAGUACAGCCUGAACUUUCUUUUAAUUUCUUUAAGUAGUUUUCAGAAAUAGUUCUCCAAGGACAUUCAAAGCUCUUCUUUGGAACUUUGAAACCGUUAUGCACCAGGCAUGAGGAGCCUGGUGCAUAAAUGGUAGUUUCCUACUCUGUGUUUUUUCUAUUCAGGUAGGCUACAUUGGCAGUGUGUUUGGGAUCUUUGUUAAACAAUUAAGCUCUUUCCAGAUGGUAUUAAAUGA